UCCUGCCCGAUGCCCGCCGCCGUGCGGGUCCCGCCGCCGCCGCCGCUCCGCCCGUGAGCGCCCAUGGCCGGCUGCUGCCCCCGAGCCGCGCCCGGCGAGGCGGCCCCGCUGGCGCGGUAGAGGCGGCGCGGCUUGGCCGGCGGGCAUGGCUGUGUCCAGGCUGCCCGGCGUCAACGGCUUCCUCCCCGACGAGGCCGGCCCGGCCGGGGGCGACCUGAGCCGGCUGCUCAAGUGCCUGGAGACCGGCACCGUCCUGACGCUCUUCUACCAGAAGAAGUCGCAGCGGCCCGAGCGCAGGACCUUCCAGGUCCGCCUCCCCAGCAGGCAGGUCGUCUGGAGCCGCGCGCCCGAGAAGCUGGAGGGAGACGUGGACAUUCGAGAAAUUAAAGAGAUCCGGCCAGGGAAGAAUUCCCGGGAUUUUGAAAGAUACCCAGAAGAUGCCCGGAAACUGGACCCUGCCUUAUGUUUCAUCAUCUUGUAUGGGAUGGACUUCAGACUGAAGACCCUGAGUGUGGCAGCCUUCUGCGAAGAUGACGUCAACCUGUGGAUGACAGGCCUGAACUGGUUGGUGACCGACACGCAGCGAGCACAGACGCCCCUCCAGACUGAAAGGUGGCUGAGGAAACAGUUUGACCUGAUGGACAGAUCGAGAGAAGGCAGCGUCACCCCCAAGGACCUGAAGGCUUUCUUGCCUCAAGCCAACUAUCGCGUGCCUAACAUGAGAUUUCUGCGGGACAAGCUUCUGGAGGUGGAAGUCAGGACCGAAAUGACCUUCAGCCACUUUGCACAUUUCUACAAAAACUUGAUGUUUGAUGCCCAGAAAUCGAUCACUGAGCAGCUGGAAUUGUCUUUCCCGUUGCGAAAUGUGGACCGACCAGAACUCUGCCAGAUCACAUUGUACGACUUCCAGAAGUUUCUGCAAUAUGACCAGAAGGAGGCCUGGGCGAGCGACGUUGCCCGAGUCCGGGAGUACAUGGGCAGCUACCUGCAGGAUCCCUUCAGCGACAUGACCGAACCUUUCUUCCAGCUGGAUGAGUUCCUAGCAUUCCUGUUCUCCAAAGAAAACAUGGUCAUGGACUCCAAGUAUGAGCGGGUGGUGCCGGACGAAAUGAAUUACCCCUUAUCUCAGUAUUGGAUCUCAUCCUCGCAUAACACGUAUCUCACCGGAGACCAGUUCUCCAGCGAGUCCUCCCUGGAAGCAUACGCCCGCUGCCUCCGCGUGGGUUGCCGUUGCAUCGAAUUGGACUGCUGGGACGGUCCCGAUGACCUGCCAAUCAUCUACCACGGCCACACGCUCACCUCCAAAAUCAAGUUCUUGGAUGUGCUGCACACCAUUAAGGAGCACGCCUUCACCACCUCUGAGUUCCCUAUCAUUCUCUCUAUCGAAGACCACUGCAGCAUCGUCCAGCAGAGGAACAUGGCGUCCCACUUCAAGAAGGUCUUUGGGGACAUGUUGCUUACCAAGCCAGUGGACAUCAAUGCCGACCAGCUGCCCUCACCUGCCCAGCUCAGGAAGAAAAUUCUCAUCAAGCACAAGAAGCUGGUUGAAGGGAACCUUUACGAAGAGGUCUCCAUGGCCAGCUACUCCGAGAACGACAUCAGCAAUUCCAUCAAGAACGGCAUCCUUUACCUUGAGGAUCCUAUUGACCACACCUGGAGCCCACACUACUUUGUUCUGACAAGCCACAAGAUCUAUUACUCAGAGGAGACCUCGCGCUACCAGUCCAAUGAAGACGAGGAAGAACCGGAACAGAAAGAGGAGUUCAACAACAACGAGCUGCACUUCAGUGAGAAAUGGUUCCACGGCAAGCUGGGUGGUGGCCGCGAUGGGCGCCAGAUUGCCGAGAAGCUGCUGCACGAAUACUGCACGGAGACAGGGGGCAAGGAUGGCACUUUCCUGGUGCGGGAGAGCGAGACCUUUGUGGGCGACUACACCCUCUCCUUCUGGCGCUCUGGACGCGUCCAGCAUUGCCGCAUCCAUUCCCGGCAGGAAGCUGGGGCUACUAAGUUCUACCUGACAGACAACCUGGUCUUUGACAGCCUCUACAGCCUCAUCUGCCACUACCGCGAGGUGCCACUGCGAUGCAACGAGUUCGAGAUGCGGUUGACGGACCCCGUGCCGCAGCCCAAUGCCCACGAGAGCAAAGAGUGGUACCACGCCAACUUGACCCGCUUGCAAGCUGAGCACAUGCUGAUGCGGGUGCCCCGGGACGGAGCCUUCCUAGUGCGCAAACGCAGCGAGCCCAACUCCUAUGCCAUCUCUUUUCGAGCGGAAGGCAAGAUCAAGCACUGCCGAAUUCAGCAAGAAGGACGGCUGUUCAUGCUGGGCAGCUCGGCUGAAUUUGAGAGCCUCCUCGACCUGGUGAGCUACUACGAGAAGCAUCCUGUGUACCGCAAGAUGAAACUGCGCUACCCCAUCAACGAGGAGACCCUAGAGAAGAUGGGCACAGCGGAAUUGGAUUACGGAGCGCUCUAUGAGGUGCGGACCCCCCACUUCUACGUAGAAGCCAACAAGAUGCCUGUGGCCAAGUGUACGGUGAAGGCCUUGUACGACUACAAAGCCCAGCGAGAGGACGAGCUUUCCUUCUGCAAACAAGCCAUAAUUCACAAUGUUGACAAGCAGGACGGAGGAUGGUGGCGAGGAGACUACGGGGGCAAAAAGCAGCUCUGGUUUCCAGCCAACUACGUGGAAGAGAUCGUGAACACGAACGUGCCAGAGCAGGAUGAAGCUUCUGCAGAGAACAGCCCGCUGGGGAACUUCUUGAAAGGGUUUAUUGAUGUCCCCUCUUGCCACGUAGUUAUCUCCAAAGACGGGAGGAGCUCCAAACCAUUUGUCUUCACCAUCCAUUCCCAGCAGAUGACCCACCCUUCCCAGUCGUUGGAUGUCGCUGCGGACACCCAGGAGGAGCUCAACGACUGGGUGGCCAAGAUCCGGGAAGCCACGCAGAAUGCGGACGCCAGGAUGCAAGAGGGAAAGAUCAUGGAACGGAGGAAGAAGAUAGCCCUGGAGCUGUCGGAACUGGUGGUUUACUGCCGCCCGGUGCCCUUCGACGAGGAGAAAAUUGGCACAGAGAAAGCGUGCUACCGCGACAUGUCUUCCUUCCCCGAGACCAAGGCUGAGAAAUAUGCCAACCGCAGCAAGGGCAAGAAAUUCCUGCAGUACAACCGCCGGCAGCUGAGCCGCGUCUACCCCAAAGGGCAGCGCCUGGACUCCUCUAACUACGACCCCCUGCCCAUGUGGAUCUGCGGCAGCCAGUUGGUGGCCCUCAACUUUCAGACACCUGACAAGCCAAUGCAGCUGAACCAGUCGCUGUUCAUGCUGGGGGGGCGCAGCGGGUAUGUAUUGCAACCGGACAUCAUGCGGGACGACCUUUUUGACCCGUUCGACAAGAGCAGCCUGAAACUGGUGGAACCCAUUACUGUUCAGCUGCAGAUCCUAGGGGCCCGGCAUCUCCCCAAGAACGGCCGCAGCAUUGUCUGUCCCUUUGUGGAGGUGGAGGUUUGUGGCUCUGAAUUUGACAACAGCAAAAACAAGACAGAAGUUGUGGCUGACAACGGCCUCAACCCCACCUGGCUUGUCAAGCAGUUCGUCUUCGAUAUCAACAACCCCGAGUUUGCUUUCCUGCGUUUUGUGGUCUACGAGGAGGACAUGUUCAGCGAUCCCAACUUCUUGGCUCAGGCCACCUUCCCCGUCAAGAGCCUCAAAACAGGUUACAGGUCAGUGCCUCUGAAGAACAGCUACAGCGAAGACCUUGAACUUGCCGCCCUGUUGAUCCACAUUGAAAUAGUCAAUGCCAAGGAAGAAGACGACGAGAACCUCUACUCCUCCAUUCAGCAGCUGCGGGACCGGGCCAGCGAGCUCUCCAACCAGGUGUCCAAUUUCGAACACAGCAACAACUGCGACUCGCGGUAUCAGCAGCGGCUGGAUGAGCUGCGCGCAGCGCAGGAACGGCUCAUGGAGCUGACAGAAGUGCGCAACAGGAAGUUGAUGGAGAAAAAGAAGCGAGACCGGCAGCUGGCCAACAAGCGCAACUGAACUGACCCUGAACAUUCUCACAUUCCUGGCUAUGGGGAGGCCAGGAAUAGCCCCCCCCAACACCAAACCCCAAGGAGGGCUCCAAGACCAACCAAGGCUGGGACAGUUCUCUACUCUCCCCCGUCCAGCAGGCUGGCUGCCUGGUGGGUGGAGCAGCAGACAUCGUGGCUGCCGUAACACGAGUGGUGCACUCACCGGGAGCACUGGGAAGCGGGACGCUAGAAUCUCACUGGCUGUUUUCCCAGCGCAGCAAGCAGGCUUGCAAACUGAAUGAGAGAGACUGCUACAGCCACAGCCAGGCAGCUCCUAGAGGCCAUGCCAUGGGAAUCGUUUGUUCCUGGAAAGUUUUGGCAGACUUCAGUUUUCAUCCACGCAUGGAGAAAGGAUCCAGGCCUCCUUUUUUAAUGUUACUCUUGGUGCCCCCUCCCCUUGUUGCCUCUUGAAAGAACCCUGGUGGUGGAUGUCUCAUCUCCCUUCCUAGGAGAUUGUUUUCCUUGCACCCGAGACCUUUGGCAGGUUAGCAGAGAAUCAGCUGACGGCCUAGAGUAAGGGGGAAGGCUGGACAAUGGCAUGGGUGUGCAUUUGGGACUGGGGGCUGGAAAGGGGAAAUGAUGGUAGCAGAAGCAUGGGGCAGACAAAGCAUAGGGGGGGGAGUUUUUGAAUGCUGAUGUUUGCCAAGGGACAGGGCUGGUUCUCUGGCCAAGCCCCCCCGCCCCCAGCAUCCCUUUGAGACAGCACAGGAGGAGGAGGCGGACUUUCUCGAGGCACUCAAAGGUCCUUCCCAGCCCCCAGUGGGUCAGGAGCUGAGAAUGGCAUAGCUGUCUGGGCCGGUGCUCUCUCACUGGGUCCAAGCCCGCAGUGGAGCAGACCCAGGAGGCGUUGGGUGAACCCUUGCUUCAGGCAACAAAACCACUUACAGCAGCUCAGGUUUCCAGGGGAGGUGUCAAGAGAUGACUGCAGGAAGGGGGACGGCAGGGCAGCACGGAGGCCUCCUCUUUUCUUAGCAUGGUGCUUCAGGCUGCCGAAGCACAGAAAGAUACACACCACUCCCAUUUUGACAUCUUUAAGCACAAGUCCCAGCGACCAACUUCACCCCCCGCCCCCUUAUCACCUCCGUCCUCUCCAAGUCUUCUCAAAAGUAGGGACCAUUGACUUCAGUGGCGCUUACUCCCAAAAUAUGCAUUGGUUUGCAAUCUUGAUAUAUUUAUUUAUUUAUUGCAGGCAAAGAGGAGAGAAAUCUCUCCUGGCCACCCCAACCUUCCAUAAAUGAUGUCCCAUGUAGGGCAGAGGCGUCCCAACACCAGGGACACACAGCUGCCCCCUCCCCCAGGCAGAGGCACAAGGCCCAGGGCCGUCAAAGCUGGGCCUGCACGGUCUUCCACUCUCUUGGGCCGGUGCCAGGUCCGUCUUCAGAGUCUGAUUGCCUUAUUGGAGUCUGCAGGCAGAAGGAAACAGGUUGGGCAAAACGCCCCCGAGAUAUUUCGGCUGUUCUGACUGUGCUCACGGUUCCUCACAGGUUUUUGCUUAGGGGGGGCCUCCCCGUUAGUCACAUCAGAGCCCAGCGCCUUGGAAGCUGCAGGAGGAACAUGAAGAAACAUCACUGGGGAAAGGUGGGGAGGUGGAUUGCCCGGGAUCCUGCAUGUCGGGCAUCCCAGACUGGGAGCUGGUUGCUCUCCAAGGAACAUGCACCCCGUGGGCCACACUCUGUCCAGCCUCCGGCAGUGAAGCAUUCACGAUUCAGUCACAGAGCACCUGCUUUGUAGGCAGCAGCCAGGUUGGACCCAUGGCAUCCUCAGCUGAAAGCUCUCUGCCGAAGACCCUGGCGCGCCACCAGCAGGAAGGGUAGGGGAUACAAAGCUAGGGUGGGGGGGACCAGUGGGCUCCGUCAGCAUAAGGCCACUUCUGAGGGUUUGUCUUUCAGGUGUUUAACUGAAGUCUGGUUACUUUUCACCACUUCUGUGUGUAUCGUCAGUCUUUCACCUGGUCCGUUGAAAAAGCUCCCCCCCCCCCCCCCGGUAAUUUGAGAUACUCCCACAGUGGCCAUAAGAAAAGCAAAAGGAAAGAAGAGCCUGACUUGCCCCCGAGGCUGCAGCUGAGCCGCUAAGAGAUUCUGGUUUGCAGAAACCUUAAGAGCCCGUUACAGUCUCCCUCAGCCACUACACGGUGGCAGGACUGCGGAGUUUGGCAUUUGACAGAGGAUGCCAUAUUCCGAACAUGCAGCUGCUGCCCACGACAAGCCUCUGAGAGGAGGAGGGGGGCACGGAGUAGGCUGUCGAGCCAAGCCUUUCGUCCCUUGUUCUUUGCUUCUAGCUCCCUGGAGCAGAACGAUGGCAGCAAAUAUAUGCACAGUUAUAUACUCUUCCUUUCAUUGUAUAAGUUGCAUUGCCUGGCCACAGAAGGCAGGAAAGUUAAGAUUAAAUUAUGCUACAACUACAUACACUGGAGCUGAACCCUGUGGGUGGAGCUGGGGCUGCUGUGGUGUACAGACUCGGGCUUCGCCCCCAAGGGAGCGCGGGUAACUCAUCUGCUGAUAAAAGCUGUGGGUUUAAUCCCAAAUGGUGCCAUUGAUGGAUGAAUCCCAUCUAGUUGGAUUAGGAAAGAACUUGCCCAUCAUAUACUGCAGGUCCUCCGUGUUCACAUUACACUCAAAAGCAGGGUGUGGUUCAUUUCUGUUCUCACUGGGUUUGAGGGACAGAACAAGCAAGGUGACCACCACCCCUCCCCAACCAGGCAAUCCCCACCUGUACUGCAAGGCACCUUCAAGCUCUUCAGUUCAAGGGGUAUAGGGUGAGGGAGCUCAGGACUGAUGGGCAGAUUACACAGGCAGAAAGGGGGAAAGGUUAUGCUAGGAACUGACCUGCCACAGCAAGACAAAACGUUAUGCCCAGACUGGUUUGCUGCCAGGAGCACAGAAGCCCACCCGUAGGUCAGAAUCUGACAGCCAAGACUUCCUUUAGGGGAGAAGAAAGCUGCUGAUGCAAGGGAGGGGGGACAAAAAGAAGCACAAGGGAGGCAGCAGGUGAACCCCCUCUGCUGCAAGGAGACCGUGUCCCUUGCAGCACCGCAACUCUGAGGAGGGGGGACCCCCCCUCCUCCAAUGUAUCCUUUGUAUGACAAUAAAUCUAUUUAGCCAGUAUUUAUAUAUAAAGGUGUCUGCCUGAGUUUCUGGUAAGAUAUUUCUCCUCUAGCAUGUGGCUUUGUUUUCUCGGGGCAAACGACUCCAUCGCUAGCCCUGGCUGCAGUUCUGGAGCCAAACUUUCCCUCUGCCGCUGUGUGACCUGUCCUUGGAUGGGACACAGCACGCCCUGAAGGCUGCAGCUGAACUGUUUC